AUGGCUCUCGGUCACCGUGUCGACACCGACAAGGUCAUUGAGGAGGCGCAGGACCACGCGGUCCACAAGCACACAGUUGACCGUGUCGAUCUCCACGAUGUAGCCUAUGUCUCGCGCUACGAGGUCGACCUCAACAUCCCGCGCUUCGACCUCCCGAAGGAGGGUGUCGAUGCCCGUGUCGCGUACCAGCUCCUCCACGAUGAGCUGUCCUUGGAUGGCCUGCCCCAGCUCAACCUCGCGUCCUUCGUCCACACCUGGGUACCGCCCGAGUGCACGCAGCUCAUGAUGGAGAACCUGAACAAGAACCUCGUUGACCAGGACGAGUACCCUGCCGCUCAGGAUAUCCACGAGCGCUGUGUUUCCAUGAUCUCGGGUCUCUGGAACGCUCCGAAGGAUGCUAAGCCCAUGGGUACGGCCACCACUGGUUCCUCCGAGGCCAUCAUGCUCGGUGGUCUUGCUCUUAAGCGUCGCUGGGAGGAGAAUCGCAAGAAGGCCGGCAAGAGUAUCCACGAGCCGGGACCCAACAUCAUCAUGGGCGCCAAUGCCCAGGUCGCCCUCGAGAAGUUUGCCCGUUACUUUGACGUCGAGUGCCGUCUCGUUGAUGUAACGGUCAAGGGCAACUACGUUAUGGAUCCCAAGGACGCGAUCAAACUGGUCGACGAGAACACCAUCGGUGUCUUUGUCAUUCUCGGAUCCACCUACACUGGCGCCUUUGAGAAUGUCAAGGAGAUGGCCGACGAGCUCGAUCGCUACGAGGAGAAGACGGGGCACUAUGUCCCUAUCCACGUAGACGGUGCCUCGGGUGGCUUUGUCGCUCCCUUCGUGUACCCCGACCUGGAAUGGGACUUCCGCAUCCCUCGUGUUCAGAGCAUCAACGCUUCCGGUCACAAGUAUGGCAUGUCCGCCGUCGGUGUGGGAUGGAUCAUCUGGCGCAGCGCCGAGUUCCUCCCUUCCAGGAUGAUCUUUGAGCUGCAUUACCUCGGCGAGACCGACUUUAGCUUCAACCUCAACUUUAGUCGUCCCACGCACCCCAUCCUGGGGCAAAUGUUCAACUUCAUCAACCUCGGAUACGAAGGCUACCGUCGCAUCAUGUCGGCCAACCUCACCAAAUCGCGCAUCCUCUCGCGCGCCCUCGAAGACUCGGGAUACUUUACCGUCGUGUCGCAGAUCCACCUCCCCAAGAAGGGUGCCGAGUCCCUGUCCGAUGACGACCCGAACAAGUACCUCCAAGGCCUGCCCGUCGUUGGUUUCCGCUUCACGGACGAGGUCUACAAGAAGUAUCCCGAGGUCAAGCAGAUGUGGCUCCAGAACCAGCUGCGUCAGGUCUCAUGGAUUGUCCCCAACUACGCGCUCCCGCCCAGCUGCGACAAGACCGAAAUCCUCCGCGUCGUCAUCCGCGAGAGCAUGUCCGGUGACCUCCUCCGCAAGCUCAUCCAGGACAUUAUCAACUGCACUGAGACGCUCCUGUAUGACGGCGGGUCCACGGUGGCGAGUGCCCAGGCUGCCGCGCACGCCAAGCAGGCCUCGGCGUCGGACGCCGCCCCCAAGCGCCACGGCCACACGGGCCUCAAGUCGGGCAACUCCAACCGCGACACUGCCCGCGCCCACAAGAAGGGUGCUCUUCCGCACGAGGAGAUCAAGGACAACCACCACUCGCACUCGCACGUGUGCUGA